UCAUCAUAGUUAAGGGAAACAAUCUGGAUACUUUCCAUUUAGGGAAGCUAGAUUGAAAUGAACAUUGUGAGAAAAGUCAAUUUCAUGAUACCGUGGAACAUAAUUUGUGUUCACUUUCUGCUGUUUUCCUUAAAAGGAUCUGUUUGUGAAUUCUCUCUUUUGAAAACUCCACGAAACGACUUUCAUGCGAUUCGUCCCAAAAGAGAUCUCUUAGCAGCUAAGAUUGCAGAAGUUUCUUCUGAGGCUCGUGUUAAUGAGUCCUUUUCUCAGGAUCAAAAUUCAUCAGGAGGUUCUUGCUCUCAAGAAUGCCUUAAUGGAGCUGUUUGCACAGAUGCUGGAGUAUGUGACUGUGAAACAUUUCAGGCACAAGGUGAAAGGUGCCAAAUUGUUCCAAACACUGGCAGAGACAGAGACGGUAUUUGUAAAUCAUGGGGGCAGCAUCACUUUGAAACAUUUGAUGGCAUCUACUAUUACUUCCCAGGAAAUUGUUCAUAUAUUUUUGUGAAAGACUGCAGUGAUCCAGAGCCUCAAUACACUGUAUGGAUUAAUAACAGCCCACAUUGUGUUGGCUCUGUGUACUCCUGCUUGCGGUCCAUCAGCCUGUUCUUUUUAAAUCAGGAUGAAAUAAUCAUAUUGGGACAUGAAGUAAGGAAAGGCAGAAACAGGUUAAUAUUGCCCCAGACCAUUGGAAAUAUUUUCAUUGAACGAUUAGCAGAUUACAUUUUGGUGAAAACUACCUUUGGCUUUUCUCUAGCCUGGGAUGGAAAUUCUGGGAUUUAUGUUAAAUUAACUGAAGAACACAAGGGGAAGACAUGUGGUCUGUGUGGAAAUUAUAAUAGUGAUGUAUCAGAUGAUCUCAUACUACAAAAUAGUGACUAUGAAGAAGAUAUUGCUAAAUUUGCCAACAGUUGGUCUGUACAAACUCCAGAUGAUGCUACUUGUGUACCUACUGCCUCUGAUUUUCACAGUCCAUGCUCUGUUGAUUCAGAGUCUUAUGAGAACAUCUACAUCAAGUGCCAAAUACUUUUGCAGUUUCCUUUCCUCAGCUGCCACCAAAGCAUAGAUCCAUACCCAUAUAUUUCUAGCUGUAUGAAUGACCUUUGUCAAGAGAAUAAUGAUGAGACUUACUGCCGAGCAGUGACUGAAUAUGCUAGAUCAUGCUCACAUGCAGGUUACCCAGUACGAGAUUGGAGGGAUGACUUUCCAGAAUGUAUUGAAAAGUGUGAAGACAGCUUCAUCCACAGGGAUUGUAUUAGCUGUUGUCCACCAACCUGCACAUUUGAGAAGGAUUGUCUUGGCAGUAACCUCCAUUGUUUAGAUGGGUGCUACUGUCCUGAUGGUCUUAUACUGGACAAUGGAACCUGUAUUUCUGUGUCAGACUGUCCUUGUGUUUAUCAUGGGACAGCUUUUCCUGUGGGCUCAAAAAUUGAGCAAGAAUGUAGCAGCUGUAUUUGUAUUGGUGGUAUUUGGAAUUGUACUGCGCAUGAUUGCCCAGCUGAAUGCUCAAUCAUUGGUGAUUCUCAUUUCACAACUUUUGAUGGACGCCAUUACACCUUCCUUGGGGUUUGCCAGUAUAUUCUGGUAAAAGGCACUGGGAAAGACAAAUUCACAAUUACUUUACAAAAAACUUCUUGUGGUCAGAAUCUUGACCAUGCAUGCAUUCAGUCAAUAACACUAGUUCUUGAAGAUGUAAACAAGCAAGUGACUCUGAAUCGGGGUGCUGAAGUUCAGUUUGGUUCUUCCAGCCAGGGAUUUAACUUUAAUGGAUAUGUUGAAGUUCAGAACCUGUCUUCAUUGUUUGUUCAACUGAAAACUAAGUUUGGUUUAAGAAUUUUGUUUGCUAAUGAUGGAGAGAGAAUAUAUAUUCAACUCAGCUCUAGCUGGAAGAGAAGAACUCUGGGUCUAUGUGGAACUUAUACCGGAAACUUGAGAGACGACUUUCUUUCUCCGGCAGGAAUGAUUGAAGGAACACCACAGCUUCAUGCCAAUGCAUGGAAAGUUUCUUCAGCAUGCCACGUGCCUGUCAACAUCCCUGUAGUUGAUCCUUGUAACAUUAACCAACAAAACGUUGGUUAUGCAUCCCAGUGUGAUUUAAUCAAUCAAGACCUCUUUGCUCCUUGUCAUGCCUACAUCAGUCCAGACUUGUACUACCAAUUGUGCCGCUUUGAUGCUUGUAAAUGUGGGAGCACUUGUUUGUGCAAUGCACUUGCACACUAUGCCUAUAUAUGUCGUAAGCAUGGAAUUAUGAUUGACUUCAGAUCUCACAUCUCCUACUGUGCAUUAGUGUGUAGAAGUGGUAUGCAGUAUCACCAGUGCUCUUCCUUCUGUGAGCACUCCUGUUCUUCCAUGUCUUCUAUGGAUGCUUGUGAUUAUGACUGUGCAGAAGGGUGUAAUUGCCCAGAGGGUAAAUACUUUGAAGCAUCUAUCAACUUUUGUGUGCCAAUGUCUAGCUGCCGAUGUUAUUUUAAAGGCAGAAGUUUUCAACCUGGGGAAAUACUACCCACACCCUCAGGAUUAUGCCAUUGUCUGAAUGGAACAAUGAAAUGCACUGAAGCUGCUGCAGUUCCUGCAGUUCACACAUGCCCUGAAGAAAAAAUCUACUAUGACUGCCGAUCUCAUGUACCUGGCUUGCCAUCAGCUGGAGCGAACUGUGAGCUAUCUUGUGCAAACCUUGCCAUGAACUUUACCUGUACACCAUUGCCACCUUGUGUGAGUGGUUGUGUCUGCCCCCCUGGGAUGGCAGAGCAUAAAGGAAAAUGCUAUGUCCCUGAUAGCUGUCCGUGUAUGUGGAAAGAUUGGGAAUAUAUGUCAGGAGAAAUUAUAGCUACACCUUGUUAUACAUGUGUUUGUCGACGUGGGGUAUUUAAUUGCACUUAUUAUCCCUGUCCUGCUGUAUGUACAGUCUAUGGGGACCGGCAUUAUUAUACCUUUGAUGGACUAGAGUAUGAUUUUGUCAGUGAUUGCCAGGUUUAUUUGGUAAAGAGUUCAGACAGUUCGAACAUGUCUAUAAUUAUUCAGAACAAGAAGUGCUUUGAUAAUGACAUCAUUUGCUCUAAGAGUGUCUUUAUCUCUGUUGGAGACACUGAGCUUUAUUUCAGUGAUUCUCUAGAUAUCCAGAGAAUGCUGAGAAUACAUGAGAAUAAAACCAAAUAUCAGCUUUGGAAGGCUGGACAUUAUACAGCAGUACACUUCCCAGAGCAGGAAAUCACUGUCCUGUGGGAUAGAAAGACAACAAUGCAUAUCAAAGUUGGAGCUCGAUGGAAAGGUAAAUUGUCUGGUUUGUGUGGAAAUUUUGACAAAUUCACUUCAAAUGAUCUGACUACAUCCAACAAUAUGGAAGUCAGAAAUGCUCAAAUUUUUGGAGAAAGUUGGGCAAUAGGACAGUGUAUAAGCCCAAAUGACACCAUAAAACCAUGUGAAGUACAUCAGAGCAAGUUCCCAUAUGCCAAAAAGGAAUGCUCAAUUUUGUACAGUGAUGUUUUUGCUCCAUGUCGCAAUGUGAUUGAUGUGACAUCCUUUGUCAAAAAUUGCCAUGCAGAUACAUGCAAUUGUAAUCUUGGUGGAGACUGUGAAUGUCUGUGUACAAGUAUUGCGGCCUAUGCUCACAAAUGCUGCCAGCAGGGUGCUGUAAUUCACUGGAGAUCUCCUUCCCUUUGUCCUUAUGACUGUGAUUAUUACAACCAAGGCCUUGGAGAAGGACCAUAUAUUUUGUCAAGCUAUGGUCAGAAUGACACAGUUAUAGGAGUCAACAUCAGCAGCAGAAAUUUAUUCCCUUUGCCUAGAAUUAGUAUGAAUGGAAAUGUGUAUUUUAAUUUUAUGCUAACUCCAGGAAUUUUUAAAGAUAAAAUAUUGUCUCCAUCUCUGGUUUUUCUUGAGUCAGCUGAAAGACCCAACUACUUUCUAUAUGUUCAUGACAAUGAAAGUGUUUGCUUAGAACAGUGGGAAACAAGUGCAUUGUUUCAUAGAAGAGCCACUUUCUUCCAUCAUCAGGGACUUUGGAUCGCGGGUUACAGUGCAUUUGAAUUGCAUAGCAAGAAAGGCUUUUUCAUUAUACUCACCACAACUGCUGUAAAAGUAUCAAAAUAUGAUGACUCUGAAGAAUUCAAACGUUCAAGCAGCUUCAGUAUAGAGGAGCUUCCUGCAGCAAUACCUUAUAGGAGGAUGUGUGAAUGGAGAUAUGAGCCUUGUUCAAGUCCUUGUGUUAGAACAUGCAGUGAUCCUGAAGGAAUAGCAUGUAAAUUUCUCCCACCGGUUGAGGGAUGCUUACCAUACUGUCCUAAAAGUAUGAUUCUUGAUGAAGUCACACUUAAAUGUGUUUAUCCAGAAGACUGCAUACCUAUAAAACCCACAGAAGCUAUUUCUGUCACCAAACAGCCAAGAACAGGACCAGCCAUAGAUAUAUUAUCUCAGAUGUCUACUACAUUUGUUAAUGAAGAGGUUGAGUCAACACAAUUUAAUCUAACUACCAAAAUGACAACAAAAGGAAUUACAACAUUAAAAGAAGCAAACUUUACAGAAAAAUUACUUACAGAUUCAACUGCAUCAAGCAUGUAUUUACCUGAUUUUCUGCCAGUUCCAGAACAACCUUCUGAUGGCACAGCAAGCCCACAAGUGCUACUUAGACCUAUAUCUCCAACCUAUCCAAAAGCUCCAGCAGUUACCUUGGAAGAAACAUCAUAUAGCACAAUCCCUCCAUUCUCUAUCUCACUGCCUCCUUCAAUUCCAGUUGUAUCAUCAUUCCCAGCUUUUCCUUCAAUAACUCCAACAUCAACUACACCAUUAGAAUCUGCAAUCUCUUUAGCUAUGUUAGCUACUCUACCCCUUGAAUCAGACUUUGUUAAAAUCCCUACAAGCAUCUUAACUACCAGAAGUCUAGCAACAAGUCCCUCUCAGACAUCAGGGGCAGCCACACAUUCUUUUUUAACUGAAAGAAUAUCUUUUUUAAGUCCCAUGUUAUUUACAGGUACACCUUUAACUCAAACAUUUUCUGUGACUUCAAGAAGUAAAUCAACUGAGACUCAUCCUCUUAUUCAUCCAUUCUCUCUUUCUGAGCUGACUGCAUCUGAGAGUCCUUUAUUUACUUCUAGAUUUACUACAUUUGUAACAAGUUCUCAUCAUAUUACCACAGAUUCAGAUACGGUGACAAUACAACCUGCCUCACAGAUGUCAACUAGUAGUUCAAUUCCUACAUCGGCAUCUCUAAAAACAUUCUUCACAGCUUCUGAACAUAUUGCACCCUUAAUUACAAAGCAUGUUUCUGUUAUUGAAGAUAAAAUCAGGACAUCAUCUUCAGUAGUUGAGCAGACACCCACAUUUAUAUGGUCUUCACUGAGUUCCAAAGAGACAUACAUGAUGCCUACAUUGGUGCCUCCUCCAAUUACAACACAAAGACCCAAAGCAACUGGAGAAGUCACAGUUGUCUCAAAGAGCUUUCAUAUAGGGCCUUCUACAGUGUCUCUUCCAGGCAUUUCCCAAACUUCUAGAACAUUAAGCAAGCACACAUUAUACACUGAUUCAUCUCUAGAAUCAACUGUUCCUAGAGGUUCAACAGGAAUUGCUAGAACUAGAAUUUUACCUAGUAGUACUUCAACAUUACCUGUAGCAGUUUCAUAUGAUACACCACAAACAACUGCGUACUUCCCUGGUCCACAUACAGAAUUAAAAACAACUUCUGUGAUUAAAAGUCUGGACAUUUUCCCAACUUUUGCAGAGCUCCCAAAAACCUUAUCUGCUCUUACAAACCCAUCUGCAUUACUCACGCUGCUAACAAAAUCUUCUGCUUCUCAGACAUCUUCCUCAGAAACGCCUUCUAAAAGUUUAUCAGCUAUUCCCACAAUUAGUGAGACGUCUGCUAUAAAAUUAGCAGGCACUCGAAUACAAAUGCCAGUUGUAUCUCUUGGUACACACACUACCUCAAGAAGUCCACAUUCAUAUCCUGAAUCGCUUCCUUCAGUUAUUUCUUUGUUAACUUCAAGCACAGGUAUCUCUGCAACAGAUACUGCAUCGUUAUCUCCUCCUGAGAUCUCACAUAUGACAAUACAACCAUUAGGAACAAGAAGUUCCUCUUUGACUUCACCAGACAGUAGAACAUUAUCUUCAUUUUCAAGUGGACUGGACUCUCAGGCUCCAGAGGCAACACUGACAUUUUGGAAUACUACAUUAGCCUCACCUGACAUCACUGAAAAGUAUUUCCCUAGUUCUCCAAUACAUUUAUUAGCUUCCACUGCCAGCCCAAAAGUUCCCAGUCGAACUGCACAAAUCACUGACAUCUCUUCUAUCCAUUUUAAACUUUAUACAACUACUACUUCGACCCCAGUUCCUGCUACCUCCCAAACACCUGCAUAUACUCCAAGCUUUACUUUGUUUACAACCAAACCCUUCACAGAAGCCUUCAGAGCUACAGCCAUAAAAAUGGAUGAAAUUACAGUAUCAGAUUGGGCAAAGCGAAAUAGAACCUCUGUUGGGAAAACUGCAUAUUCCUUAGGAAGUGAUCAAACUUCUAAAGUUAAAGAACAUGUUACAGAGACUAAAUAUGUAAGCCCCAAAGAAACUUUGCCACCUGCCUUGAAAAGCAGCACAGUGAAACCAGUCUCUUUUUCCAAAGUGAUGCAUGUAACAUCAGACUGGUCUAGAAUUUCAUCACCAAAAUCAGUUAGACCUUACUACAGUGUAACUGAACCACAGCAGUUGAAGAUCACCAGCAUACAGAAUGUCACCACAGGACUUUUGGGAACCCAAACAUCACAAGUUGAAACAGAGAUAGCAACAGAGAGUGUGGAGCAUUCUUCAUUUGGCACUAUGAUACAUACUUUAAUAUCUGUGACAUCACCAGAAUGCACGCCAAGAUAUCUUGAUCCAGUAGACAGAUGCAGUCAAUACGUUUGUAUUAAUAUGGGCUGGAUGCUCUACAACCUAUCAAGGAACUGCCAUAAAAAUGUGGAGAAACCUAACUGUGGUUUUCGAGGAAUGCCAGUCCAGGUUAACAGUGACAGCUGCUGUCCAGAAUGGGAAUGUCCUUGUCAAUGCUCUGUCCUGUCCGAACUGAGUAUUAUUACAUUUGACGGAAAUAACGUAGCACUAUAUAAAGUAGCAUCCUACAUUUUAGUCAAGCUACCCACUGAAAUUAUUGUGGCUCAUAUUGAAAAAUGUCCCACUAACCAGAGUAUCAAUUCGAUAAGAAAACUAGUUCCACCUGGGAGUGCUUCAGGCCUCUGUUUUAAGAAACUUAAUGUAACAACGUCUUUAAAUGCAGUACUCAUCAACCGUUUAGCAAGAAAGGUAGUUGUGGAUUCAGUGGUUCAGCCUUUGCCAUUCUCUAAACAUGGCUUAUGCAUUCAAGAUACUGGUGCUAUGUAUGUCAUUAAUACACCAUCAGGGAUCAACAUUAAGUGGGCUCAUGUUACAGGCAUUAUAGAUAUUCAGUAUGGCUUUCACUCUAACACCACAACCAAGACUGAAGGACUUUGCGGUGUUUGCAAUGGUGAUCCAGUUGAUGACUUGAAAAUGCAAAAUAGAACAGUAAUUACACAUAUGGAGGAAAUUGAGGCUUUUAUUAAAAGCUGGGAAAUUGAGAAAUCUGUUGAUGUAACAACCAGGAGACCAGUAAGAAACUGUACGGAGGACAACUGUACAUAUUGUAUGGAACUGCUACAUAGAUGGGCAUUUGCCCCCUGUCAUAAAAAAGUUUCACCACGAGACUUUUGUGAAAAAAUGUGGAUCAACAAUACUUAUUUCUGGAAUUAUGAAUGUGAUGCCCUUUCAGCUUAUGUGGCAUUGUGCAACAAGCAUAACAUCUGUAUUAACUGGAGAACAUCAGAUUAUUGCUCCCUCAGUUGUCCUGAUGGGAAGGAAUACCAGCCUUGUGUGCAACCCUGUGCUGCCAAAACAUGCCUAAAUAAAUGGUUCUAUGAAGAAUCACCCUGCUCCUACUUAAGGGAAGACUGUGUUUGCAAAAAUGGGACCAUUCUUCAUAGAACUGAUACUGAUCUUUGCAUCCCAGAAGAAAAAUGUGCAUGCACAGAUAAUGAUGGGCAGCCCCGCUCUGCUGGAGAGAUCUGGAAUGGCUCCAAUAAAGGUUGCUGCAUGUAUAAAUGCUUGGAGGAUGGGAGUAUUGUUGCUAUACAGCCUGAAUGCAAUGAAGAGCCACCUCCCAUCUGUGUGAGGGAGGGUGAGGCAAUUAUUAAUGUAAUUGAAGAGGGGGCCUGUUGUCCGAAGAAAGUCUGUGAAUGCAAUAUGACUCUAUGUAACCCUAUUAUUCCAACAUGCAAAAGUGCUGAAAAACUGGUAGUGGGAUAUAGUCCUUCAUCAUGCUGCCCUCAGUACCGAUGUGACUGUGACCCAACAGCAUGUCCCAGUGCUUCCCAUCCAGAAUGCAGAGAAGAUCAAUUUAUUGUUGAAGCAAAACAGGAGGAUUCUUGCUGUUUUUCAUAUUUGUGUGUUUGUGAAUCCUGUAUUGAACCUAUUCCAUUAUGUAAUGAAGGGGAAAUUCUUACUGUGGAUCUCAGCACUACACAAUACUGUUGUCCGCGUUAUCAUUGUGUUUGUGAUGAGAACCUCUGUCCAUUACCAUUUGCGAACUGCUCUGCUGACAUGAAACUUCUGAAGAAAAGAGUACCUGGGCAGUGCUGCCCAGAUUGGCACUGUGAAUGUGAUUGUGAAAAUGCUACUGUGCCAGCCUGUAAAGUGGGAGAAGUUCAGAGAAUAGAUACUAUUUCAAGUACAUGUGGAUGCACACAGUAUAUAUGUGAAAAGGGUAAUGUCUGUGUAUUUCAAGAGGUAACUGUGCUGAACCCUGGUCAGUCUAUGAUUCAAUAUCUAGACGGAGAUCUUUGUUACACAGUAAAGUGUUCUCAGGACAGAGACCCCAGGACAGGAUUUCAUGCCAUGGAUCUGACAGUAAUCAACUGUUCCCAAAAGUGUGACUCCCACCAAGUAUAUGUUCCUUCACCUAGUCAACAUUCUUGCUGUGGGUCUUGCAUAAAUGUGUCAUGUACUUUCUACACCGAAAAUGGAACUCUAGUCAUAUAUGAAGAAGGAGCCACCUGGGACUCUAACUGCACCAAAUAUGAAUGUGCCAAGACUGCUGUCGGUGCAGUAAUUCUUGGAUCAAGUGUUGUUUGCCCACCUUUUAAUAAGACUGAGUGUACAAAGAAUGGAGGCACUGUACAGACAUAUAAUGAUGGCUGCUGCAAGACCUGUAAAAGGGAUGAGAAGAUUUGUCAAAAAAUCAUAGUAAGAACAACUAUAAGGAAACAUGAUUGUGUGAGUCGAAGCCCCAUAAAUGUGGCUUCUUGUGAUGGAAAAUGCCCCUCUGCCACAAUUUUUAAUGUGAACAUUGAUAGUCAUUUGAGAUUCUGUAAAUGCUGUCGGGAAAAUGGAGUACAGAAUUUAACUGUACCACUCUACUGCUCAGGAAAUGGCACUGAAAUUAUGUAUGUCAUCCCGGAGCCUACAGACUGUUCAUGUCAGUGGAAUUAAGAAUGAGAUUAAUUUUGUGGAUGAUUACGUUCAGACAGGGAAUUUAUAUGUUUAUUAUUGGAAUUAUUCAGAUUUAAUAAAUAUAUAAUUAAUAUAUUUUUCUAAUCUUUCAGACACAUUAAUUCAAAACUUGAUGCUGUUACAGCAGCAAAAGAUUAUAUAUUGGCAUGUAUACACCAGUUAAUUAAUUUUAAGGUAAUUUACUUCUCUUGUUCAGAUAUGAGGACUGAUUAGUUCUUGGUAAGCGUUAAACUGUUAACUACAUAGAUACUAAUGGCUGAAUAGUUUUAAUAUACAGCUUGAUCUUGCUAACCAGGCUGACUACUCCCCACUUGUUGUUUCUCUUGUUGCUCAAACCAAAUCAAAUAAUAAAUAAAAAAUUAAAUGAAAUACUCUAAACCUGAGCUGGGGAAGUAACCAAAACACCUUUUACUAUGAGAUAGCCUAUUGCUUCAAGGCUGAAACAACUAGAUAAUUAUAAUUGAAGAGGAAAAAAAGCAGAGACCCAAAGGUCCCACUAGUAAUCUGAACAGUCCCCAGGGAGUCUCAUCAAUCAGGCACAGCAAAAUAAAAUAAUUAUUUAAAAUAAAAAUAAAAAUGUAAAAUAAAUGAUGUGGCAUUCAACAAUACUACUCACAUGGAAUAAAAUUAAUUUAAAACAUUUACAUUUACUAAUUUAAGUCAAACAUUCUAUGUGAUUUACAAAAUAUCUGUUCUGUGACAGACUCCAUAGAAAGUUCAUACACACACAGGUUAAGACUGCGAAGCAAAAAGGCAUGGUACACUCCUACGCUAGAGAAUCUCCACAGUGCACAUUAUCCUGAAGGAGACAUUGGAACUCAGAACAGAAAAAAUUUCCAGAAACAAUCUAGCAAUUGUCAACAUUGGGGAGCAUUGGGGUCUAGCAUUCCAUGAAAAGCUGAAAUUGACCAGUGAUAGCAUAGUCCUGCUCCCGUUCUUCUACCUGGAUGCUACUAUUUCAAGGACUGACAUUUAUUUGUAGGAGCUUACUGUGCCUUUUUGCUUCACAGUCCUAAUCUGUGUUUGAAUGAGAUUUCUAUGCGGUCUGUCAUAGAAUGGGUACUUUGUAUAUUAAUAUUUCAACUCGCUCUAGCAAUAGUAUGUUUGACUCGUAUUUACAUAUUUUGCUGCAUUUCCUGUAGUGUUCAUGUUUUGGUGUAUCUAUGGUCAUGAGGUACUUGAACUCUACUAGUUAUGUGGUCUUACAAACUAAAUACCAAACAACCAAAAAAUCUCAAAAGAAUAUCUGAACAGAAAAGAGAGGAAAAAAGCAGAUACAACUAAACUCAAAUAUUAAGCAUUAAAACAAAACUUCUCAGAGCAGAAACUUCCCACAGCUGGAAUGCCACCCAGCCAAACCAGAAGUUGGUGAACAAGAUCUUCCUUACGGAUCAUUAUAAUUGGAGAACUUUUAUUCUUUCUUUGCUCUUUCACAGGCAUUAAUCAAUGAAUAUAAUAUACUUAAAUGCAACCUAUUGCAUAGUUUAAUAUUUAUAUAUCAUUUUUAACUUUAAAAAUAUAUGGUGUACCAAUAUUCCAUCUAUACUCUUGUUUUCUAACCAUGCACAUGCUACUUUUUUGGUGUCCUUUUUGGGCAGCCUUAUGUAAUUAAAUAUUAUGGAUAGUUUUAAAGUAUAUCUGAAAACUUCAAAUUAACCAUUUUUGCAAUACAUUUUAUAUUUAAAGUUUUAUCAAAAAAGAGAAAUAAUAUUUUCUAUAUUACCUUUGGUUAGGAGAUGGCAAAAAACCUGAUGAAAAUACAUUUGCUUCUGUUAACUAAAAAGAAAAUGCACCUUGAUUUCUUUGUUUUUGCAUUUAAAAUAUUUUGCCAAUGUUCAAACUGAAAUAUUUGAUAUUAUUACUAUUAUUAUUAUUAUCAUUGUAACUGUUCUGCUAUAAGUCAUGUACAAUUUUCAAAUACUGUAUAUAUUUUGUAUGCUACAUGGACAGUGAUAAUAUCACAAUGAACUGGGAAACCUACAAACUAAUUAACAAAACCAAAUGGGACUGGAAGUUAUUAAGAAGAAUCUGAUGGUUUCUAUUCAGGACGAUACAUCUGGGGUGAGAUUUUCACAUGUGAACAAUCCCCUGUAUGAAGUCUUAGAUGGUAUCAGUCAUAUGAAAUUUUUUAGAGAUGGUAUAUUUGAACUGUCUUCCAAUUGAGAACUAGUUGAUAGACAUGGCUAAUUAAUUUGGACUCAUCAUGUGGUGACAUUGAUUGUGCAAACUGUUCACAGUUUAAAUGAAUUAUAAUGGAUUUUGUUUUAAUUUAGUAAACUAUACAUUACUUUUAAACACAAUGCUUGCUUUGAUAUAUGUAGUACUGCAAUUCAAUUAAUAAAUACAUU